GGGGGGGGAGGAGAGGCGACGCGACGGGACGGCACGGCAGCUGAAGAUGGCGGAGGGGAAGGAGCCGAAUAACAAGUGGGUUCGGCUCAAUGUCGGCGGCACGCACUUCCUCACCACCCGGCAGACCCUGUGCCGCGAGGAGAAGUCCUUCCUCUACCGCCUGUGCCAGGAGGAGGGCGAGCUGCUGUCUGACCGGGACGAGACGGGGGCCUACCUGAUUGACCGGGAUCCCACCUAUUUUGGGCCAAUAUUGAAUUAUCUCCGACAUGGCAAACUUGUCGUCAACAAGGAACUGGCAGAGGAAGGAGUUCUAGAAGAAGCAGAGUUUUACAACAUUGCACCUCUCAUUAAAUUAGUGAAAGAGAAGAUCAAAGAGCGAGAUUGCAAACCCACGCAGAUUCCUACGAAACAUGUUUACCGAGUUCUCCAGUGUCAGGAGGAAGAGCUUACACAAAUGGUUUCUACUAUGUCUGAUGGCUGGAAAUUUGAACAGUUGAUCAGCAUUGGAUCUUCCUACAACUACGGAAAUGAAGACCAAGCAGAGUUUCUAUGCGUCGUUUCCAAGGAGCUGCACAACACCACCAACGGGAUAAGCUGUGAACCAAGUCGAAAAGCUAAGCUUUUGCAAGCAAAAGGCUCCACGAUGUGAUGAUGUGCCCAACAUGCCUUUCCUUCCCUUUUUUAAAAUACCUAAUGUGUAUCCCGGUACGGAAGAUGCGGAAUUCUACAGCAUACCACCGACACCAAAAGCCAUAACAGGAUGCACUCGAUGGGUUUCUCUGCAAUGUAAAAAAAAAAAAAAAAAAAAAAAAGAUUGUGUUUCAAAUUCUCCUCUCAGCUAAAUGCCUGAUGAAGAACAGCGGCAUACCUGGUGUUGGAGCCUUCCUUGGUAAAUGGAUUUCUUUCCGUGUUGGUUGCAGAAGCCAGGAAGAUCCUUGCAAAAAAUAAAAGGACAUCGAGGCAUUUUUCAACUGAAGCUGUGUCUAAUGCAGGCAGAAUAACCAGCUAAAAAAAAAAUUUGUUUUUAAAGGGGUUUACAGUGGUAACACUAUUUGGACCUUAUCUGCCUCUCCGGGCAAAUCCUUUGAUCCUCUGCUGUCAUUCUAAGGUUUGCAGUGCAUGUUGCAAAUGUAGACACGAUAGAGAGAGAGAGAGAGAGAGAGAGAAAAGUGACUCUUAUUGACCAGGCGCCAUUGUCAUUGUCCUCCCUGGGUUUUCUCUUUGUUUACAGUGGGUCGCAAGUCAAAGGUUUGGGUAGUUGUGGUGCUGGGGUGUGGGAGGUGGGGCGGGAAGGACAGGGAAGACUACUUGAAAAUGUUAACUUUUUAAAACAAGAAUUCCUUUGGUACAUUUUAGCUUUGGCUAAAACAAAAAAAAAAACGUAAGAUUAAUCUUUAACAAACACUUUUUUAAUGAAAACAAACCCGAGGGGGUUGAGCUCGUAAGGGUUAGGAGGUCGGGUUGGAUUAUUGAUUAUUUAUAUUUGGAAAACAUUGAUAAUAUAACAAUUAUGUGACAAAUGUUAUUGUGUUGAAAUACAUUUUUAUUCAUUGCUGCUUUGAUUUUAUUUUUUUUAAUGGGCAUUUGACAUUUUCUUGUAAAUGAAAUUUUAGGCAGUCAAAUAAUUGCUCUCUCAGAAGAUGAGAUCAGUAGCUUUAGGUUUUGUUCACUCUGUCGGGGCAUUUUAAAAAGGUGGGACAAGUCGCAUUCACCUGCUCUGCUCUGAUGGGCGACACAGUGGUGCAAGCGACAGAGCCGCUGCCACACGGGGCCGGAGACCUGGGUUCAAUCCUAGCCUCGGGUGCUGUCUGUGGGGAGUUUGCACGUUCUCCCUGUGACUGCGUGGGUUUCUUCCGGGCGCUCUGGCUUCCACCCACGUCCCAAAGGCAUGCGGGUUUGUAGGUUAAUUGGCCUCUGUCGGAAAUUGAAUAUAGAGUUAAUGCGGAAAGUGGGAUAACGGAACUAGUGCGAUCGGGAGAUCAAUAGUUGGUGUAGACUCGGUGGCUCAAGGGGCUUUUUUUUUAAACUAUGCACAGCUGAGAGGUUUAGGAUACCCUGUGAGAGGACUGAUGUUGAGUGCAAUUAAAAGAAGAAACACUAUGUGUUGGAAGGAAUUGCAAAUGCUGGUUUACACCAAAGAUAGACACAAAAUGCUGGAGUAACUCAGUGGGACAGGCAGCAUCUCUAAAUAGAAGGAAUGGGUGACUUUUUGGGUCAGGAUGCUACUUCAGGCUGAAGAAGGGUCCAGACCCAAAACCUCACCCAUUCCUUCUAUCCAGAGAUGCUGCCUGUCCCGGUGAGUUACUCCAGCGUUUUGUGUCUAACACUGUAUAUGUCCUGUUGUGAGAGUAGAUGGUUGAAUUGGAAAGGCUGGUCAGCAUUUGAUCUAAAGGCCCGGUUAAUGUUUUGGGUGUUGAUAUUGCUAUUGGCUCGAUUCCUGAAGAUACCACCUCGCCCAGUCAAACCACCCUUUCUGGUUCCAAUUUUUUU